UUUAAUAACACACCAGGUUUGAAGACACACAAGUAAGAGAUUAAGUGAGAAGUUAAAUCUUGAUUCUUCUGCUUUUAUUAAUGCUUGUGAACUUGGGGAGAAGGAUUAAAAUAAUGAUUUGGUAGUCUUCUUAUGAACCUACAGUUAGAUGAAGAAAACUGGUGCACCUGUCCCAGCAUGUUAAUUGGAAAGUCUGAUAAUCCAUUGCAUUUAUUUCAUGGAGGAAGCAGUGAUAUGUGGGUAGUGUAAGUGACUUGCAGAUUGGUGUGUCAUUACUAAUGUUACUAGGGCACUGCUUUCUUGCUUGUCGUGACCUGUACCGUCUCCAGAUUAACUGCCUUUCAUUUUCUUUAGGAUCUGGUUGUCAUGGAGCUGCGUCAGCUUCUCGUGUGCCUGUCCCUGUGCACAGCCUUGGCCUUGAGCAAGCCCACGGAGAAGAAGGACCGCGUGCAUCAUGAGCCUCAACUUAGCGACAAAGUUCAUGACGACACUGAGAGCUUUGAUUACGAUCAUGAUGCCUUCCUGGGUGCUGAGGAAGCAAAGACCUUUGAUCAGCUGACACCGGAAGAGAGCAAGGAGAGGCUGGGAAAGAUUGUAAGUAAAAUAGAUGGCGACAAGGACGGGUUUGUCACUGUGGAUGAGCUCAAAGACUGGAUUAAGUUUGCACAAAAACGCUGGAUUUACGAGGAUGUAGAGCGACAGUGGAAGGGGCAUGACCUCAAUGAGGACGGCCUCGUUUCCUGGGAGGAGUAUAAAAAUGCCACCUACGGCUACGUCCUAGAUGACCCAGACCCUGAUGAUGGUUUUAACUAUAAACAGAUGAUGGUUAGAGAUGAGCGGAGAUUUAAAAUGGCAGACAAGGAUGGAGACCUCAUCGCCACGAAGGAGGAGUUCACAGCCUUCCUGCACCCCGAGGAAUAUGACUACAUGAAAGACAUAGUGGUGCAGGAAACAAUGGAGGAUAUAGAUAAGAAUGCUGAUGGUUUCAUUGAUCUAGAAGAGUAUAUUGGUGACAUGUAUAGCCACGAUGGAAACGCUGAUGAGCCAGAGUGGGUGAAGACAGAGCGAGAGCAGUUUGUUGAGUUCCGAGAUAAGAACCGUGAUGGGAAGAUGGACAAGGAAGAAACCAAAGACUGGAUCCUGCCGUCGGACUAUGACCACGCAGAGGCAGAAGCCAGGCACCUCGUCUAUGAGUCAGACCAGAACAAGGAUGGCAAGCUGACCAAGGAGGAGAUCGUCGACAAGUAUGAUUUGUUCGUGGGCAGCCAGGCCACAGAUUUCGGGGAGGCCUUAGUCCGGCACGAUGAGUUUUGAGCCUGCGCCGGAGGAGCUUGCAUCACUUCAAAAGUGUGCCAAGGAGUGAAUCUUGGUUUCUCCAUAAUUAAAAUUCACUCCUUUCCAAUCACGUCAUCAUCAUCGAAAGUGCCUUUAUGAGAGAAACUAUCUCGGACCGGAAAUCCGCCUACGAAACUGACAUGCGAUGACCUGGACUGCCUCCUGGGAAGCUUAAGGGCCUCCCAAUGUGGGCAUUUUUUCCUUUCCUUUCCUUUCCCUCUCCUGAACAGUAGUUAAACAACAGUAUUAGUUACAUGCUUGGCUGCAGUGUUCUGUUCUCGUGUGCUGGUUUCAAAAACCACGUGCUGCUGAAUUUCCCAGGGAUCCUCAUACCUCACAGUGCAAACCACUUCCUGUCGGGCCUCUCUCCAUGUCUGCUCGGAGGCGAGGGAGGCCCCUUGGGUGUGAGGACCAUCGCCCCGUUCCUCAUCUCCCCACUUCCGUGCCACCAGCAGGAACUGAAAGGUAGAUUGUGAAUCAGCAGGUUGCCAAUCCUCACCUAAGCCAGGGGCGUUGUAGAAGGAGCUGACAAACCCCACUCUGUUCCCAACUCCACUUUACCUAUAUUGUAUGUAAUAUGAACUCUGUCCAUUUGGGUCCGUUUCUUACAGAUGGGCCUCUUUUAAGAAGAAUUCUUGUAUUCCAAGUUUUUAGCCCUCAGGUUACUAAGAUAAAUAUAUGUGUAUAUAACCUUUAUUAUUUCCUGUAUAUUUCUGGAUAACACAUUCAGGUGGUGCUGGGUGGUUAUUAAUUAAUCUGAACAUAAGUAUCUCCUUUGGUCUUCCGCAAUCAUGUUGAGCUACUUGGUAUGGUAAAAAGCCAGGUCUGAUGUAACUUCACCCCAGCCUUCACAUUGAGCUCUUGAUAAUGAAUACACUAAGUUUAACUCCAGUAGAAGGUAAUGGAAUCCCCACCCUCCUGCUCCAUUUCUGAUAAAUCAACCAGAGAAUCACUGAUGCCACCAGCCCUGGUGGCCAGCCUUGAGGCCACGGAGCCUCACCGCACACUCAGGCCUAAUGUUGAAAUCAUGCGCUUAGAAAGCAAAGCUUAGUUGCCCAGGAGGUAAGCCAUGGCCUGCCAGGAUGGUGGCUUCUGGGUGCUGGGGACCCAGCAACAACCACUGUACCCUCGUCUGAUCCAUCGGAUUGUUGCUGUUUAAGUCGAGCGUGAGGCUGUUGAACAGAAACGACACACCCCCAUCAUGCGUCCUGUGAAUGCUAGCUCUCUUGAAUUUGGAUAUUGGUUAUUUUUUAUAGAGUGUAAACCAAGUUUUAUAUUCUGUAAUGCAAACAGGUACCUAUCUGUUUCUAAAUAAAACUGUUGACAUUC